CUCUGUUUGUUGGGUUUAUAAAAAGGGGCGUUUCCCAUUUGAUUGCUUAAUGAAAUCCUCGUAAAAUAGCAUUUCCUCCCCAUUUAUUCGCCUCUCUGAAUUGGGUCUCUGUCAAAGAAUCGUCUUCCUCAGCAGUUUGAUUUCAAAAUCCUCUGUAAAUCGGUGGUUUUUAGUGCUUUUAUAUUCCUUCUGACGGCGGCGGCGGAAGAGACGAAGAGUCUUCUCGUGGCUUGAAAUCAUUAUAGAUGGUUCUUCUCGGCUCCAUCUUCUCAAUCUGCAGGGAUGCAGCCGGAGUCGCUGGCCACAUAUUUGCAUUUGGGCUCUUCCUCUCACCCUUAGAUACAUUCCGGCGUGUUAUCAGAAACAAAACAACAGAACAAUUCUCGGGUUUGCCAUACAUAUAUGCUUUGUUAAACUGCCUUAUUUGCUUAUGGUAUGGCACGCCCCUCGUUUCUCCAAGGAACACAAUGGUCAUGACAGUCAACUCAAUCGGCGCUGUCUUUCAGCUCGCCUACAUCAUCCUCUUCAUAACAUAUGCUGAAAAGGGCAAGAAGAUCAAGAUGCUUGGAUUGUUGCUUGCUGUGUUUGCCUUCUUUGUUGUUAUUGUUACUGGGAGCUUACAGAUACCUGAUCUCCCGUUGCGUCGGAAUGUCGUCGGGAUCUUGAGUUGUGCAUCGCUCGUAUCGAUGUUCGCUUCUCCGUUGUUUAUCAUUAAUUUGGUGAUUCGAACGAAGAGUGUGGAGUUUAUGCCGUUUUAUCUCUCGCUUUCGACGUUCCUUAUGAGUGUAUCGUUCUUUCUCUAUGGAUUGUUCAAUUACGACUUGUUCGUUUAUGCUCCAAAUGGGAUAGGAGCUUUGUUGGGGAUUGUACAAUUGGUGUUGUAUUUUUACUAUAGUCGUGUUGCUAAAGAGGAGGCUCAAGAACCGUUGAUUGUAUCGUAUGCUUGAAUACGUGCAUUGCGCAUUUACGUGGUGAUUAUGAGGAAUCGCAGAUUUCGGAGGGUUGAUCGUUGACGUGUCGUUGUCGUUUGACUCGACGUUAGCCAACGAACCGUUGUCUGGCCGUGUGAUUUGUUGUAAAAUCAGCCUCUCAUUCAUUUUUCCAGUUAAGUUGACUGAUUUGUGUUUUUUUAGCGGUCAAUCAGUCGAAAGAUUCUCAAGCGUGAAGAACAUUGUAAUAUCUUAUAGCCUUGUGAUUGAAAAACUUUGUUCGUUCAAUUACAAGCUGUUUGUAUUUG